CGCGCAGAGCUGAGCUGAACCGGGCCGGGCCGUGGCCGGUCGGGGGUGUGCUGAGCCGUACUGUGCUGUGCCGGCCCGGGCCGGGCUUUCCAGAGAAAGGCAACGAAGCUGUUGAAGGGUCUGGAGCUCAGGUUUUAUGAGGAGCGGCUGAGGGAGCUGGGGGUGUUUAGCCUGGAGAAAAGGAGGCUUAGGGGACACCUUAUUGCUCUCUACUACUCUCCGAAAGGAGGUUGUAGCCAGGUGACGGUCGGCCUCUUCUCCCAGGGAACUAGAGAUAGGAUAGCCUUAAGCUGUGCCAGAGGAGGUUUAGAUUGGAUGUUAGGAGAAAUUUCCUCACAGAAGGGGUGGUUAGAUGUUGAAAUGGGCUACCCAGGGAGGUGGUGGAGUCACUGUCCCUGGAGGUGUUUAAGGAAAGACUGGACAUGGCAGUUAGUGCCGUGGUCUAGUUGACAGGGUGGUGCUCUGCCAUAGGUUGGACUCCAUGAUCUCUUUUCCCGCCUAAUUGAUUCCAUGCCACGGUGGGCAUGCAGCGCAGGUCCCUGGGGAGCUCUCAAGGGCAGUGCCACGGCAGUGCAGGGAUGUGCAGGGUGGUGCUGGGGGAACAUAGUGUGGUGUGGGGGUGUGGUGCUGUGCACAGACAGGGGUGCAGUGUAGUUCCCCUGUGAGAGUGCUCGCAGGGCAGGGCUGUGCAGCCCUGGGGAGGGGCAAGCUGGGCCCUGCAGUGCUGUGCAGCAUGUCCCACCCCAAGGAGGGGGUUCUGGGUGCUUUGAGGGGCAGCACAGCUGGGGGGACCCCAUGCAAGCAAGAUGAUGUGUGGAGGAGCAGCCUUGCUGCAGUGUUCUGCUGGCAGCAGGGGUGCAAGAGGCUCUCAGGCUCAGGACUGCUGAAAGUCCAACUGUCCUGUUAAACAUAAACCUGCCCUGGCCCUCACCCAGCUGACCGCUCCUGUGGCCGUGGCAGGCCUGCUCUCAACGAGCAAGCAAGGCAGGAUCCUACCGAGCCACCUUCUUCCCCUGCACAGACCCACAGCAAAAUGGCCACUGUUCCCCUUGGCUUCAACAUUGAUGCCCCACGCUGGGACCAGAGCACCUUUGUCGGACGCCUGAAGCAUUUCCUCAACAUCACCGACCCACGGACAGUGCUGGUGCCGGAGGAGGAGCUGGACCGGGCCAAGGCCCUGGUGGAAGGCUGCAGGGCCGGGCUGGUGCCACCAGGAAGCAGCCAGGAGCAGCUGCUCUAUGCCAAGAAGCUGUACGACUCAGCCUUCCACCCUGACAGCGGUGAGAAGAUGAACCUCGUCGGGAGGAUGUCCUUCCAGGUGCCAGGGGGCAUGGCCAUCACCGGCUGCAUGCUUCAGUUCUAUCGGACAGUGCCUGCUGUGGUUUUUUGGCAGUGGGUGAAUCAAUCCUUCAAUGCCUUCGUCAACUACACCAACCGUAAUGCUGCCUCCCCCAUCUCGCUGAGGCAAAUCGGCGUGGCAUAUGUCACGGCCACCAGUGCAGCCCUGGCCACCGCGGUGGGACUCAAUCUCUACACCAAGCGAGCACCCCCCUUGGUGGCCCGCUGGGUGCCCUUCGCAGCUGUGGCUGCUGCCAACUGUGUCAAUAUCCCCAUGAUGCGGCAACAGGAGAUCAUCAAUGGGAUCACAGUGACAGAUGGGGACAACAAUGAGCUCGGUCGCUCCAGGAGGGCAGCAGUGAAGGGCAUCGCGCAGGUUGUGGUCUCCAGGAUCACCAUGGCAGCACCAGGCAUGAUUAUUUUGCCCAUCAUCAUGGAGCGGCUGGAGAAAUUCACCUUCAUGCAGCGAAUCCGGGUUCUCCAUGGGCCUCUACAGGUGCUGCUCUGCGGAGGCUUCCUCCUGUUCAUGGUGCCAGCAGCCUGUGCCCUCUUCCCACAGAGAUGCUCCCUUGCACUGGCUGACCUUGAGCUGGAGCUGCGUGACAGCAUCGUGGCCAAGCACGGGGACAAAGUGCCGUAUGUCUAUUUUAACAAGGGACUGUGAAAGGAGACCACCUCAGGAGCCAUCACACCUCUCCAGCCCCCUGCCACCACCAGUCCCACGUUCCCUGAGCGGGGAUCAGAAGCACAGUCCAGCCAGAUCUGCUCCCCAGCCCAGCAUCUUCUCUGCUGCCUCCUUCCACUGGAGAAGCAGGAUCUGGCUCUGUGUGCCCAGCUUGCAGCAUUUUGGCUGGUCUUGAGCCUCCCUCAUCUGCUGCUGGCCAUGUCCCUGCUUCCUCACAUUCCUCUUGCCCUGAGCAGUGCCUGCCUUCCUCCACUGGCCCAGUGGUGGAGGAUCUGCCCAACCUGUCUGAGCCUUUUGUGGUCACUGGACUUGGCCCCACAAGGCAUCAGGCUCUCUCACAUGGAGCUCAGAGCACAAUUCUAAUUCCGAAAGCAGUUGUCCUGCCAUUGUACCAGCAACCAAACCACAUUCGUGCCUUAAAUCUCCACAGUAGCCUCUUACCAAGACCUGAAUCAUGCCUUGGCAGGCACGAAGGGACCUGGCCCCUCUGCACAGGGAGUACCCCAAAGUCCAGAUGUCAGUGCUUGGACUACGCCUUCCUUGCUCUCAGGUUCAGGUUUUAUUCACUGUGCUAUUGCCACAAUCCAGGAAGGAAAUAGCUAAUGUUUUUUAAGCUCUAAUUUUUGCAUUCCUCUGAUCACAAAAGCCAGCUGUCACCCUUGUCCUGCAUCUCACUGUCCCCACGGUAGGACCAUGGACCUGCAGCCUUGGGGGACAGUUGUCUCUGUGCCCCCUUGGAUGGGGGAAGAAGACACAGACAUCAUAGAAUCACAGAAUUUUUAGGGACCCUCUGGAGAUCAUCUAGCCUGCCUAGGCAGAUGAUCUAGUGCCAAGGCAGGUUCGCCUAGAGCAGGUGACACAGGAAGGCAUCCAGGCGGGUUUUGAAUAUCUCCAGAGAGGGGCGCUCUAUAACCUGCCUGGGCAGCCUAUUCUGGUGCUCUACCACCCUCAGUGCACAGAAUUUCUUCCUCAUGUUGAAGUGGAACUUCUAGUGGUUUAGUUCAUGGCCAUUGCUCCUUAUCCUGUCACUGGGCACCACUGAAAAGAGCUUGGCACCAUCCUCUUGGCACCUGCCUUUGCAAUAUUUAUGUGCAUUGAUGAGAUCCUCUCUCAUUCUUCCCCAGACAGGACCAGCUCCCACAGUCUCUCCUUAUAGGAGAGAUGCCCCAGACCCCUCAUCAUUCUUUGUGGCCUCUGCUGGACCCUCUCCAGUAGCUACUUGUCUUUCUUUUCACAGAGCUGCACUCACUUGGGCUCUGAAUACCAGCACUGCAAACAACAGAGGAAGGUCGAAAAAUAAAUG